AUGGCCACUGAACUCUGCCCCGUCUAUGCGCCCUUCUUCGGUGCGCUGGGCUGCACGUCCGCCAUCGUCUUCACCUGCUUCGGUGCCGCCUAUGGCACUGCCAAGGCUGGUGUCGGUGUCUGCAGCAUGGCUGUCCUCCGCCCCGACCUGAUCGUUAAGAACAUUGUCCCCAUUGUCAUGGCUGGUAUCAUUGGUAUCUACGGUCUGGUCGUGUCCGUCCUGGUCGCCAACGACCUGACCCAGAAGCUCCCUCUGUACACUGGGUUCAUUCAACUCGGUGCUGGUCUCGCUGUCGGUCUGGCCGGUCUUGCUGCUGGUUUCGCUAUUGGUAUUGUCGGUGAUGCUGGUGUGCGAGGAACUGCUCAGCAACCUCGCCUCUACGUCGGAAUGAUUCUGAUUCUCAUUUUCGCUGAAGUCCUGGGUCUUUACGGCUUGAUUGUCGCUCUGCUCAUGAACUCCCGCUCAAAGGCCGUCUGCUAA